AUGCAGGCACUUAAAGCUCUCCUUUCAGCAUUUAUGAGACGUGCGAAAUUUAAUCUCAGGCGACAUCUUAUACUUAUUUACAACCAAAGAGCCGCCGAGUACUACAAGGCUGUUUUUGGGGUUGAUUGGCUGAGUAACCCAGAGAGAUCAGGCUUUUCUUCAAAGUAA